AUGACUUUUACUGAAAAGUCGGUUCAAACGACUGGUGAAUCCUCACCUGAUAAUAGUAAUGAGUACGAAGAUGGUAUCGGCCUAAAAACGUUUAAAUCACUAGCUAAAAUACCAACUUAUUCUGGUGUUAAAGUUUUAUCCAAUGAAGAUAAUCCUUCCAUACUUUCUAUUCAAGUAAUAUUAAGUCAAAGAGACUUGAAAAGGAAACUUAAAAGAAAAAUCGUUAAACAAUUGGUCGUAUCAUUGCCAACUAAAGGAAGUUUAGAUACAACGGCAAAAAUUAUCACAUCAUCAUUUUUACCUGUAGAUUUAGGUGAUGUAGUUUUACAAGCUGAAUCACCAAGUGGUAAUAAAUUAUUAAUAUUAAGAUCAGUUUCAAACGAUAAAGGAAAAAAGAAAUUUGUUGAGGUUUGGAUUAAAGGAACUUUGAAACAAUCUAUUGACGUGACCGACUCUCAUGGAGAUUUUUAUUCUGAUGUUAAUUUUGGAAGCUUGAAAUGGUCUAGAAAUGAAGAGAAUGUUGUUUAUAUUGCUGAACGAAAAGCAUUGGAUGAAAAAGACGAAAAGAAAUGUGAUUUUCUUCCUGGAUGGGGAGAAACCUUGCCUAAUAAAUGUGUAUCGGUUAUUGUCAUCGUGAAUGUGUUGGAAUAUAAAGUUGAGGUAUUCUUUGGUCCGAAAGAUGAAACACUUAUAUUCAACGGAUAUAAUAGAGAACCACGUUAUUAUGGAAUUACCGCUUUCCAUUUGACCCAGCAAUUGGAACAUGCUCGUUCUCCAAGACUUAGUCCUUCUGAAAAAGUUUUGGUUUAUUAUUCUAAUCCAACUAGUGGACCGCAUAGUUAUUGUUCUGAACUUCGCGAGUAUAAUUUUUCAACCAACACACACGGUGUUAUAGUUCCGGUUGUUCAUACACCAUCACAUUCAUUCCAAAAUGGAUUCCCUGGCAUUUAUAAUGACCAAAUGAGUAGAAAACCAUUUAUCGUCUUUGAAGGCAAAGAGUUUUUAAUAAUUCAAAGUUAUUGGAGAAGUAGAGGAGUUUUAUUAGCUAUAAAUUUGGAAACUGGAAGAGUCCAGGAUCUUACUCAAACGGGAAGCUGGACGCUAUUUCUUGCAUGUAAUAAUUACAUCAUUGCGUCAAGAGGGGCACCUAAUGAGUUCAAUGAAUUAUAUUUUGGUAUUGUAACAGGAUAUCAAAAGGAUAUGUUAGAAGUUGAUUGGACAUGUAUAGAUAAGCCAAAUGUUGAAGAAGUCGAACCUAUUUUAUCAAACAUCACUUGGUCAACCAUUCAACCGGUUCCAAAUAACAACAAUUUAGAAGUUAUUUUCAUAAGACCCAAUGAAAUUUCUGAAGGUACAAAAUUACCUUUGUUAGUAUUUCCGCAUGGUGGACCUCAUUCAGUGACUACGCCGGAUAUCAGGUUAUAUAUAACCACCUUAGUUUCACUAGGUUAUGCCGUUGCAGCAGUUAACUAUACUGGCAGUAUUGGGUUUGGACAAGAUUCUAUUAACGCAUUAGUUGGUAAAGCUGGCGUACUUGAAGUUGAGGAAGUACAGGAUUCCGCACAAUAUAUUAUUGACAAUGAAUGCGUAGAUCCCAACAAAGUAAUCGCGAUAGGUGGAAGUCACGGUGGAUUUAUUUCGGCUCAUUUGAUCGGAAAAUAUCCAGAUUUCUAUAAAGCCUGUGUAAUGAGAAAUCCCGUGUUAAAUAUUGGACAAAUGGCGUCUGUUACCGAUAUUCCAGAUUGGUGUUUUUCAGAAAUAGGCUUGCCUUAUUCACUAGCACAUCCAUCAUUAGUGACACCAUCAGAUUAUAGUAAGAUGUAUGAACAUUCACCAAUUCAUAAUAUUGAUAAGGUUAAAACACCUACUUUAUUAAUGUUGGGAGCCGAAGAUAAAAGGGUUCCAAAUAUUGAUGGAUUAAAUUGGUAUUAUUAUUUAAAAGGCAAAGGAAAUGUUGAAAUUACUUGUAAAAUGUAUAAAGAAACUGGUCAUUCAUUGGAUACUAUCGAAGCUGAAUUAUUUGGUAUCGAUGCCAUCGCUAGAUUUUUAGAGGAAAAGGUUUGUGGAUGA